AUGUCCACGCGCAGUGGUUGGGUUGUCUCGGGUGUCGUCGUGUUAUGUGGCGGCGCGCAUGCUACAUUUGACCCGACCUACCACGCCCUGUGGGCGUGCUCAAUUCUCGCCGCCCGUUCGUUCGCUCGUCGGCCACCUGCUCCAUUUAGCAACUGUCAUAGAUCCGGAUCAAGCGCGUCCGAUCCAGCCGAACCCAGCCGACAUUCGGCUAGAGCGGGUCGCCCUACAGUUUGA